GUAAACAAAGAAUUUCUAUUAUAUCGUACAACAAAUUCCGAAUAGAUAUUGUACUACAACCAAACAUAAAACAGGCGAAAUCUGUAAAAAGAAGACGACGGUUUUGAACAAGGGAGACAUUUGGAUCAAGCUCCGACGACCUGCCACCGCCACCAUGAUUCACUUUGUUCUUCUCAUUAGCAGACAAGGGAAAGUAAGGUUGACAAAAUGGUACUCACCGUAUUCUCAAAAGGAAAGGACAAAGGUUAUCCGGGAGCUUAGUGGUAUGAUUCUCACCCGAGCCCCUAAGCUGUGCAACUUUGUGGAAUGGAGGGGAUACAAAGUUGUUUACAAAAGGUAUGCUAGCCUUUAUUUCUGCAUGUGCAUUGACCAGGAUGAUAAUGAAUUGGAGGUCCUCGAAAUUAUCCAUCAUUAUGUUGAGAUACUAGAUCGCUACUUUGGAAGUGUCUGUGAGCUGGACUUGAUCUUUAAUUUCCAUAAGGCGUAUUAUAUAUUAGAUGAAAUCCUGAUUGCUGGUGAACUUCAAGAGUCGAGUAAGAAGACAGUUGCACGCUUAAUAGCUGCACAAGAUUCUCUGGUUGAGGCAGCCAAGGAGCAAGCUAGUUCCAUCAGCAAUAUGAUUGCUCAAGCAACAAAAUAAGGAUGUGCUGGUAUCUAAACUGACCUAGACUUGUUUGGAGAUAUAGAAAUUGCUGGUGCUGUUGUGAUUUCGUUUAGUCUCAGGUAGCAUUGCAAAUUGUGGGAAAAAUACGAUCAAGAUGAUAUUUGUAUCGAUGUUGAGAUAACAUGAAUGCAGUGAUUUGCAUUCAAUCGGAACCAGAUAUAUUUCGUUUGGGCAAAGGAAUUGGAUACAAACGUAGUUAAAAUUUCAAUUUA